AUGGCCCCUUGGAGCCACUGCUUCCUCUACCUCUUGAUCAGGAGUCUCUCUGGGACACCCUCCAACUCCCCAGCUCCAGUGGCCCCUAGCGAAGUGAUGGAGACAGCAGCUGGGGUGUGCAAAUUCCCACAGCGGAGGCUAAGCUGGUGGCAGGCCCAAGAGUCCUGCGAACAGCAGUUCGGCCACCUGGCACUGGGGCCCCCAGAUGGGGUCCUUGCUCUGCAGCUGCACGACCAAGUCUGGAUGGGCCAGAAAAAUGCUCUUCUGCGGAGACCCCCGCAGAGGCGCGCGCGCACCAUGCUCGCUCUGGUGUUCGGCGAGAAGACAGCGGACAGGGCGGCGUGGCUGCGGACGCCCCUGCCAGCGCUGGGGGCACUUACGGCGUGCGCUCACGUGCAGUAGGACACCGCCUGGCCCGACGCGGCCACUCUCUUCUCUCUUGCGGUGCCCUCGCUAGCCAACGCGCUGCAGCUGCGCGCCUUCGCCGAGCCCGGGGGUGCGGUGCGCGCCGCGCUAGUAGUACGCGGGCACCAUGCGCCCUUCCUCACCGCCUUCCGCGCUGACGGCCGCUGGCACCACGUGUGCGUCACUUGGGAGCAGCGCGGCGGGAGCUGGGCACUGUUCGCCGACGGGCGGCGGCGAUCCGGAGCCCGGGGUCUGGGCGCUGGCCGCCCGGUGCCCCCCGGCGGCGUCCUUGUGCUGGGCCAAGACCAGGACUCUCUAGGUGGCGGCUUCUCAGUGCGAGACGCCUUCAGCGGCAACCUCACCGACUUUCACUUGUGGGCGCGGACGCUAAAUCCCGCGCAAUUGCGCCGGGCAAGAACCUGCGCACCACCCCCCGGCGGUCUGCUGUUCGGUUGGGACCCGGGCGCCCUAGACGUCACUCCCUCGCUGCUACCCACCGUGCGGGUGCGCCUUCUUUGUCCCGUGCCCUCGGAGGAGUGCCCCACGUGGGACCCAAGACCCGGCACUGAGGGCUCCGAGCCCUGCCUGCAGCCGCGGCCCUUCCUCUGCUGCUACCAGACAGAGAUCUAUCGGCAGCUGCAGGAUGCCCAGUCGUGGCCCGGCCAGGAUAUUAUCAGACGAGUCAAUGCCUUGGCCAAUGCCACUGUGCUGCCCCCUGACCCCCUUUCUGAAGUCCACGGGGCCCUGUCGCUGACCGAGGCCUCCUACUUCCUGGGCAUCCUGGAGAGAGUCCUGGCAAAGGAGGUAGCUCCACUAGGGCCAGCUGUGCUACUGGCUAUCGUGCACUUUCUGAAGAGGGUGGCGGCCCUCGGGGCUGGGGAACCGGAGCCCCUGACUGGGCCCUGGGAGCAGCUGGGCCAGGGCGUCCUGUCUGUGGCCAGCCUGGUUCUGGAGGAGCAGUUGGCCAACACGUGGCUGUCAGUCAGCAAGGUGGUUGGUGGACCCAUGGCUCUGGUGGCAAGUGUGCACCACCUGGCACCCCUGCUGAGCACCAUACUAACCUCUGAACGAUCCCGAAUGUACAUCCAGCGCCCCCAUGCGGGCCUGGAGGUGCGGAGCCUAUGCUUGAGAGAGGCCAGCAUAGGGGGCUACACAUUCACAAUGCCUGACGGGUAUCCAGAGGGGCCUGGUCACAUCCACAUCCCCGCAGGUGAAGUGAAGCGACUCUUUGGGAAAGGCCUCUCUGGAGUCACCCUGAUCCACAGCUGGUUCACCUCAAGUGUCUUCCAGUACACCAUGGGAGGUCCUGGCCGAGAACCCCAGGCUCCUGACAGCUCAGAGGAGGUGGGCAGGAUGCAGAGGUUCCUAAGCACACAGGUAGGGUCAGCCAUCAUUUCCUCUGAUGUGUGGGAUCCCACCGGGGAGGUCAACACAGCCGUCACCUUUCACCUGAAACACCAGGCUCAGAGCCUUUCUGUUCCAUCCCCCACAAGCCCGGACACAGGUGGCUCCUGGGCCACUACUGGGUGUUCCAUAGCUGCCCUGUACCAGGACUCCACUGCCUGCUUCUGUAACCACAGCACCAACUUUGCCAUCCUGUUACAGGUGUAUGACAUCCAGAGAGGCCCUGAGGAGGAGUCACUGCUGAGGACUCUCUCAUAUGUGGGCUGUGGGGUGUCCUUCUGCGCCCUCGCUACCACCUUCGUGCUCUUCCUGGCAGCCGGGGUCCCUAAGUCAGAGCGAGUCACGGUCCACAAGAACCUCACCUUCUCCCUAGCCUCUGCAGAAGGCAUCCUCAUGGCCAGUGAGUGGGCAAAGGCCAAUAAGGUGGCAUGUGUGGCCGUCACAGCUGUGAUGCAUCUCCUCUUCUUGGUCGCAUUCUCCUGGAUGCUGGUGGAGGGGCUGCUGCUGUGGAGCAAGGUGGUGGCUGUGAACAUGGGCGCGGGGCUGAGGAUGAGGCUCUACUAUGCCACAGGCUGGGGUGUGCCUGUGGUUAUCGUGGCCAUCACCCUGGCCAUGUCCCCCCAUGACUACGUGGCCUCUGGGCACUGCUGGCUCAACGUGCACACAGACACCAUCUGGGCCUUUGUGGGGCCUGUGCUCUUCGUGCUGACUGCCAAUACCUGCAUCCUGGUCCGCGUGGUGAUGGUCACCGUGUCCAGUGCCCGCCGCCGUGCCCUUAUGCUGAGCCCGCAGCCCCGCCUGUAGCAGCAGAUCAGGAUCCAGUUGUGGGCCACAGUGAAGCCGGUGCUGGUUCUGCUGCCCAUCCUGGGACUGACCUGGCUGGUAGGCAUCCUGGUGCACCUCAGCCCAGCCUCGGCCUAUACCGCCGUGGGCCUCAAUUCCUUCCAGGGACCGUACAUCUUCCUGGUCUACGCCGCCUGCAACCGGGCGGUCCGCAGCGCCCUACAAAGGAUGACGGAGAAGACGGCGGCCCAGGGACCCAUGGCCCCAGAAUCCCCAUGACCUUCUCCUCCAUUGCAGAGCCCGAGAGACCGGUGA